UUUGAAAAAAGACACAAGAAUUUGUUCGACAAUCCCUUUACCCGCUCGACUGCAAUUCUCCUAUCCGUAAUUAUCUGCAAUGGAAACUCUGUGGAAACACAGUCUUUAUCAGUAACAGGACUAAGACCUUAUUGGUUAUUGCUUUCGAUAUUUUCUCGAAGGAAAAUUCAUGGCUCAACCACAUCUCGUUCUACUUCAGAUAGGAAAUCCCUCGGCAAGAGCUGCAGUAAUUGCGGCCGGGUCGAAUCACUCUACUGCAGAGACAUCUGGCGUUCAAAAUAAUUUGUUCAAUAAUUUCUCAUUCAUGCAGCAUAGCUAUUAAAGUUAAGCAAAAACAUAUAUUUAAGCCAGAUAGGCAGGGCGAACAAUGCUGCCUCUGAUACGCCUCAUUAGAGUGAAAGGGUUACCCAUAUUGCAGCAGCUUCAGCUGGAGGAGAGAUUACUUCGCACCACUUCGCACAACUGGUGCAUUAUAAAUGACGGCACGGGUACUCCUACCAUCGUCACGGGCAUUUCAGGGAAACCAGAGCAAUUGAUUGAAGUGGAGCCCGUUUUGCGCGACCGGAUUCCUGUGAUUAAACGGUUUAGCGGUGGGGGCACUGUCAUCGUUGACGGAGAUACAGUUUUUGUUACGUUAAUUUGCAAUCAGAGCGCUGUUCCUAAUCUGCAGCUUUAUCCUCGGUCCAUCAUGGCCUGGACGGAGCAGUUUUACGCUCCCGUCUUUAGAAGCACCGCGGAUUUCCGCCUACGAGAGCACGAUUAUGCUCUUGGGGAUCGCAAGUUUGGUGGUAAUGCACAAUCCAUAACAAAAGGUCGGUGGCUUCAUCAUACAUCAUUUCUGUGGGAUUACAGAGCUCAAAACAUGGCAUAUUUGAAACUUCCAUCUCGUGCUCCAAAGUAUCGCCUGGAGCGGUCUCACAGUGAUUUCAUCUGUUGUUUGAAAGAUUUGUCAUUUUCAAGGGAAAAUUUUCUUGAAAACAUAGUUGCUGCACUCACAGUUUAUUUCUCUUUAGAAACUGUCAAGGUAAAAGAUAUGGAUCUACCACUUGAUGAUAACUAUCCACAUACCACUAAGGUUCUGACCACAGAAGAAAUCACAGGGCAGUAAAUUCUUUAUGCACAGGAAAUGAAUUCGGGAAUAAAAAUUGAGGUGAUUUUUUAAGAUUCUUGGGCGGCUAUUUAUUGAAGCUGUUUAAUUUUUGUAAAGAGCAUUUGGAUGCUGAAAGCACUGACUGUUCUUUGGACUGAUAACACUGUUUUGCUAUUCAUUGAGAACUGCUGUAGUUUAUUAGAUGAUGAACUAGUUUGGCUUGAAUUUUUUGAAUGAAUCUUUCUUGUGAAAAUAGUCACAGCUAAACAUUUACUUAUUCCUUUGUGGUGAA